CCUCACCACAUCACUCGCCACCAUGUCGACAGCAUUCCGCACCCUAUCGAUGGGUGUGGGCUCAUUCGACAAGAGCAAAUCGAGCUUUCAUGACGUCUUCAAGCCCACUGCUGCUGGGUCUUCCGCUCAGCCAUCAUCGUCCUCGAAGACAGAGAAGGCUGCGCAGUCUACUCCCAUCGCUGCUUCUUUGCCUGAUGAGCUCGACUUUUUCGCUCCCAAGGCCAAGAAAGAGGCCGCGAGCUCUGCAGAGGCUUCGUCGUCAACAGCCUCAGCCGUAACGGCAAAGAAGCGUAAACGUACCUCCGCCUCUUCCUCCAACGCUACCCCUCUCGACUCCACCACCCUCAAACCCUUCCUCCGCGCCCAUCGAAUCAACAUAACCUGCAGCAGUCCCGACUACCCCCUCCCCUUGGUAUCAUGGGACGAAGCAAUCACUCGCAGUACGGAUAUGCCCUCUUGGCUCAUCGACGAGCUCCAGGCAGAACGAGGCUGGGACCUCACACCCAUCCAGCGGGCUGCCCUACCCGUCGCGAUGAAUGGGCGCGAUCUCCUUGCAAUGGCGCCGACCGGCUCGGGAAAGACGCUCGCAUAUCUCGUUCCUCUGCUUCAUCGCACACUGAGAGGCGAUGGUAAGAAGGAAGGAGGACAUGGCCCUCGUGCGGUGAUCCUUUCGCCCACGCGAGAAUUGGCCACGCAGAUUUACGACGAGGCGAGGAGAUUGUUGAGGGCGAGGCCGGAGGAGGAGUUUGCCAGUGCGGGCAAGAAGGGGGGAAAGAAGAACAAGGUCAAGAUGGAGCAGACCGAGGGAGGACUUCGUGUCUCGCUCCUCACUGGUGGAGACCAGAUCCGGCCCAUCGCCGCAGCCGAAUCGGAAGGUGAACCAAAAGUAGCCCCUUCAACGUCGGGCGGUCGAGGGGCCUCCUUUGACCUGGUCAUUGCGACACCGCUCCGCCUGCUCCAAGCAACGGAGCAAGAAGGCUGGUCGCUCAGCAACGUAGUUGACGUCGUGCUCGACGAAGCGGACACUCUUCUCGGCUCCAGCUCUGCAUUUCUGCCGCAAGUCGACUCUCUCCUCUCCCUCUGCACCCGCUCCUCCGGCGUUCGCAAGUCAUUGUUUACUGCCACCCUCCCCUCUAGCGUCGAGACAUUGGCACGCUCCCUUCUUGCGCCGGAUCAUGUGCGCUUGAUCGUUGGGAGAAAGGACGCAAGCAGUGGGGACGUCGAGCAAUCACUGCGUUUCGUGGGGAGCGAGGAGGGCAAACUCCUCGAGUUGCGCAGUAUGGCCAAGUCCGGGGGUAUCACUCCUCCCACGCUGCUGUUUGUCCAGACAAUUGAGCGCGCCAAAGACUUGCUCUCCGAGCUGGCCUACGACGGGCUGAGAGUCGAUGCCAUCCACUCUGACCGCUCUAGGUCGGAACGCGAGGGGGUGCUGCGCUCCUUCAAGCAGGGCAAGGUUUGGCUCCUCAUCUGCACUGAGGUGAUGGCGCGUGGGCUGGACUUCAAGGGGGUGGAUCUAGUGAUCAACUAUGAUCUACCGACGAGUACCGAGAGCUAUGUGCAUCGAGUUGGGAGAACUGGUAGGGCAGGGAGAAGGGGACGUGCUGUGUCUUUCUUCACUAAAGAGGACGUGGGCGGGUUGAGGAGCAUUCUCAACUUAAUCAAGCAGAGCGUUGCGGGAAAUGAGGAGGAACUGCGCGGCUUGGUGCCCGCCUUCCUCCUCGAUGGAGGUGUUGAAGCCUUGGCGGCCAAGGCGAAGGGCGGUAGUGGGGCUGCUGCCAGCAAGAAGGCACGCAAGAAGCUCAAGACGCGACCCGUACAACGUCAGGCCAUUGCGGAGGCUAGUGGGAGCAGGAGGCUGGAGGAGGACAGGAAGGAGAGACGAGAGGGGAGACGUUUGCCUGAGAAGGUCAAGGAGAAGGAGAGGAGGGCUGCCGCGAGGGCACAGCGGGAGAAUGGUAAGCAGAGGAAGAAGGGCAAGCGAAGCGCCGCUGAUCAUGAGGAGGAAGCCAGCGACAGUGACGACGAGUAGUAAAGAGUGAAAAUGCAAUGCUAUUGUACAAGUGCAAGCAA